AUGUAAAGAGAAAAGCGCAUACCUUCUAGGGCUUGGCGAUAUGAAGAAUACUCUCCUCCAAGAAGACCCUCUUAAUCAAUAAAUCGAAGACAAAGAAAGAGAGAAUUAUGCUAUUAUAAAAUACAAAAAAUAUCAUAAAAUUCUUAAUUUACUAAAGAAGAAGAUGAAAGCAUUCUUUAAUACGUUAAAGAAUUAGGACCUAAAUUUGUUAAGAUUGCUACUUUCUUCCCUAGCAAGUCAUACAGCAUGGUGAAGAAUAGAUACUACAAACAUUUAAGGAAUAGGCUGUUUGAAAGAAAAGGAAGUUAAGAAUUGAACCCUAAUAAUCAAGACACUACUCAACAGCUUAAAAAUUCAAUACUACAGCCUAAUAAUGAGAAAAUAGAAGAAUUGAAAUAACUGAUAUCUUCAAUAAACUUGUUUCCUGAAAUUACAGAAAUAACCAAAAGUUUCAUUGGUGAAUUGUCAAAGCAUUUGCUCUGA